AUGAGUGGCAGAAAACUGAAUAAAAACUAUGAUAUAUUAUCAUUCAAAGUAUUAAAGAUAGAAGGAAAGCACGCGGCUAAAUGUUGUGUAUGUGGAAAUGUGAUAAAAAAUACAGCUGCAGCAAGAUUGCAAAAGUCACAGAAUACAACGAACGGUAGUUACGAAGUUAUGGAAGAUGGUUCGCUAGCUAUUGUGACUGGAACUUCACCUGAAAACAUGCUAGAUGGAAUUAUAGAAAAUUCAUUAGAUACCGAUGCCGCCUUAUUGGAAUUGGAAGAAAACAAGUCAAUGUCAGUGGACACUAUCAACAUUUCGGAAGUCAACCCAGACGAUGAUGAAACAGAAGAAGAGGAAGAAGAAAUAGUUGACUACGACAAUGCAAUCGUAGUCAAUGACCAACCUCAUCUACCACACUUUGGAAGUGUUUCCGUAGUCAACUCAAAUGAUGUUCAUUUUGGUAACAAAACAGUGUACAAAGGUCCUGUGACUAUAAAACAAUUUGUGUAUCCCAAAAGUGAUAUAACUAGUGAGGUCUUUAGUAAUUUAAGUGAAGUGAAAUGGAUUAAACGAACUCAACUCAAUAAAUGGUGGUAGUAAGGUGUUACAUAGUGAAGGAGUAGAUAAUCCAAGUUUUGUCAAAGGAGACCCAGAAAUUGGUCGUGACAAACCAGAGGAGAGGGAACAAGAGACUGAUUCUGUAACUGAUAGAAUACGGAAAAGUAUUAAAUAUGUCAAGGCGUUUCCAUGUAAAAAACCUAAGCAAACUUUACUGCUAGUAUUUCUACUAAUAUUGUCCCUUACUACAAUUUCUGCUAUCCUUAUAUGGAGGAAUCCUACCAGAAUUAUACAGAUCGAUCAAAAUAAAGACAACGAGGAAGAAGAUAAAAAUGAGCCCAUAGACUACACAGCCGAUACUAAUGCGGCUCCCAAAGAUAAAUUAAGAAUUGUCACCAGGAUUAAUUGGGUCGCGAAACCUCCUUCGGGACCGAUAGAUAACCUGACCCUUCCGGUUUCAUUAGUAGUCAUUCAACAUACCGCAACAGAAUCCUGCAAUUCUCAAGCUUCUUGUGCCUAUCAAGCACAUACAAUCCAAACCUUUCACAUGGAAAGUAGAAAUUGGAGCGAUGUCGGGUACAACUUCAUGAUCGGAGGAGAUGGCGCUGUUUAUGAAGGUAGAAGUUGGACCAAAGUAGGAGCACAUACUUUAGGAGUAAACGAUAAAAGUAUCGGUAUUGCUUUUAUCGGAACUUUCACGGAUCACGUGCCGGCUGCAUUGAUGCUCAAUGCUUUUCAUAAUCUAGUCAAUAAAGGUGUACACGAUGGUUACAUAACAAAAGACUAUAAAGUGAUGGGUGCUAGGCAAUUUUCUGGAACCGAAAGUCCAGGAAAAGCUUUCUAUGAUAUAAUAAAAACGUGGGUGCAUUGGUCUGAAAAACUGUAAAGCAAAAAGUAAAUGAACAAGUACAAAUAAAAAAAUAUGUGCUCAAUUAUUUUAUAUUAAGUCUUUUUCUUCUUCUUAGCCUUCUAUCGUCCAUGUUUGGACAUAGGCCCCUCCCAACUCCUUCCGUCGGUCUCUAUCCUGAGCAACAUAUUCCCAAUUUGUGCCGGCUAUUCUUUUGAUGUCAUCAACUCAUCUUAUCUGUGGUCUUUCUUUAGGUCAUGUAAUUUUGUAAGGUCUUUAAUAUUGUAUUGUAGUAUUCCAACGUUGGUGUUUUUGUCUAGCAGUGUGGCCCGCCAAGCUCCAUUUAAGUUUGGCAAUUUUUUUUGUUAUAUCCUCGACUUUUGUUUUUAAUCUUACCUAGUCGUUCCUCUUUUUAUGUGACAGUCAUAUACCUAACAUUGCUCCUUCCAUUGUUCUUUCUGUUGUGGCUAGUUUAUUUAUGUUUGCCUUGGUUAGGGUGAAGGUUUGACAUCCAUAUGUCAUGAUAGAAAGGAUUGGUUGAACACUUUGCUCCUCAAGUAUUUGGUAUUUUGCGCAUGGGCAGGAUUUGUAGUAAUUUCCGCACUUUGGUUCUCCUUGUCAAGUUUCAGGAUUUGGCCUCGUAGAUAUAUUCCUGGAUUUGUUCCAUCUCACUGUCAUUUAUAGUUAUACUUCUGAGGUCAUCUGUGUUUGUUAUUAUUUUUGUCUUUUUUUUUCAUAUUCAUUUUUAGGCCGACGUCUUGGGAGCUGUCUGCUAGUUCUUUCAUCAUAAUUUGUAGUUCCUCUAAUGUGCUCGCUAUAACCACUAUGUCGUCAGCGAAACUGAGGUGGUUUAACUUUUUGCCAUUAAUUUUUAAGGCCAUAGGUUGACCAAUUUGUAAUUUUAAAGGCGUUUUCUUGGGCAAGGUUGAAAAGUUUUGGAUAUUACGUCUCCUUGUCUUACUCCUGUCUUAAUGGGGAUGGGAUUUGUAUUUUCGUCUAGUUUAUACUAUUAUAGUUACAUUUUCAAGUAUAUUAUGUAUUAGUUGCCUUGACCUCGAAUUUAUUCUACAAUUAUUAAUAGCUUUUUCUAUGGCCCACAUCUCGAUACUAUCAAACGCCUUUUCAUAGUCGACGAAGGCAAGAAAUACGGGAAGUUGGUAUUCAUUUGCCUUCUCUAUCAAUGUUCUCAUUGUCAGUAGAUGGUCUGAUGUACUAUGUAUAUCCUUUGCGGAAGCCAGCCUGUUCAACCGGUUGGUAAUUGUCAAUUUUGUAGGUCAGACUGGUUGUUAAUAAUUCUCAUAAAUAGUUUGUAUAUUUGACUGAGCAUUAUAUAGGUCUACAAUUCUGUAGAUUACAUUUGUCUCCUUUUUUGUGUAAGAGUAUUACUAGACUUUCGUUCCAGUCUUUAGGGAUCUUUCUAUUAUGGAGACAUCUAUUAAAUAGCUCUAUUAGUAUAGGGAUUGUUAAGGUCUUGCUUGUUAUCAAGAGCUCGGCAAUUAUACCGUCGUGUCCUAGAGCUUUAUUAUUUUUUAGUACUUUUAAAGCUCUUUCUAUUUCGAGUCCCUUUAUAUUUGGUAGUACUUCUGACCCCACGUUUUUUAUUUUUCUUUUGAAGUCUUCGACAAUAUUUGUUAUUUUAUAUUUGUCCUUCUCUUCCUUAUUGUUGGCGUCUUUAAUUUUAAUGGUUUUUUGAACUCCCAGUGCGGGUCUUAGACAUUUUAAGCCUCUGUUGUUUUCAAUGACUCGCUCUAUUAAGUUCUCGUUCGAUUUUUGUAUGUCGCGUUUUAGUUAUUUAUAUUAAGUACUCUCUGCAUUUCGAUUAGAUAGACAGAAAUUUUAAAUGUUUAUUUCGCUCCUUAAAAAAUCGUUUAUUAAAUACUCUUUUAAAUGUGUCAGUACAAUGGACUUUGUAACAAAAAUUACAGGAAGCGUUUAGUGUACUGAUAAAACUGUGAGAUAAUUAAAUUUUUUAAAAUUGUAUAAACUAUAUAUAAAUAAAUGAUUUUUGUUUA